AUGGCACCUGUUGCAAAUAUUGUUGUUAUUCAAAUAACAGGCAUUGUUCUUAUUAAUGGUUGCCUGGCUAUUCUUGCUUUCGUAUUCGUUGGACUAAUGGUGAAAAUGCAUCCGGCUGAAUUUAAUCCAAUUAAUAAACAACCUUUAUCAAAUGAACUGCUGCAACCACAACAGAAUCCAAAUAUGGGAUAUUACUAUAAUAAUAAUAAUAAUCCAAAUCCAGGAAAUUACUAUAAUAAUAAUAAUCCAAAUCCAGGAUAUUACUAUAAUAAUAAUAAUCCAAAUCCUUCUGAUGUUUAUGGCACUCCACAAUAUGCGGGUUAUUUCUAA